GUUUUGCCUGUCGUACGCACAACCGGGCUGCGGGUUGCUUGCCACGUCUGAGAGCGGCCGGCCGGGUGUUCGUAUCGCGGAGCCGGGCUGGUCCCGUGGAGAUUCCUCUCUCGUCGUCGUGACCAUGGUGUCUGUAAUUAAUACAGUGGACACUUCCCAUGAGGAUAUGAUACAUGAUGCUCAAAUGGAUUAUUAUGGCACUCGAUUGGCAACCUGCUCUUCAGACAGAUCUGUGAAAAUAUUUGAUGUCCGGAAUGGAGGACAAAUUCUCAUAGCUGAUUUAAGAGGGCAUGAAGGCCCUGUGUGGCAGGUUGCCUGGGCUCACCCCAUGUAUGGAAACAUCCUAGCUUCCUGUUCCUAUGACAGAAAGGUUAUUAUCUGGAAAGAAGAGAAUGGUACAUGGGAGAAGACAUAUGAAUACACAGGACAUGAUUCCUCAGUUAAUUCUGUAUGUUGGGCACCACAAGACUAUGGAUUGAUCCUGGCUUGUGGCAGCUCUGAUGGGGCUAUUUCUUUGUUGAGCUAUACUGGUGAUGGACAAUGGGAAGUGAAAAAAAUCAGCAAUGCACAUACAAUUGGUUGCAAUGCUGUUAGCUGGGCACCUGCUGUUGUACCAGGAAGCCUCAUAGAUCAGCCUUCAAACCAAAAACCAAACUACAUCAAACGAUUUGCAUCAGGUGGCUGUGAUAAUCUUAUCAAAAUUUGGAGAGAAGAAGAUGGCCAAUGGAAAGAAGAACAAAAAUUGGAAGCUCAUAGUGAUUGGGUUAGAGAUGUAGCCUGGGCUCCUUCCAUAGGUCUGCCAACAAGUACUAUUGCCAGCUGCUCACAGGAUGGCAGAGUGUUUAUCUGGAUGUGUGAUGAUGCCUCUGGAAACUCAUGGUCACCAAAAUUACUCCAUAAGUUCAGUGAUGUAGUCUGGCAUGUUAGCUGGUCCAUCACUGCAAAUAUUCUAGCUGUGUCUGGAGGAGAUAAUAAAGUAACUCUAUGGAAAGAAUCAGUAGAUGGACAAUGGGCAUGCAUUAGUGAUGUGAAUAAAGGCCAAGGAGCAGUGUCUGCCAUUACAGAAGGACAACAGAACGAACAGUGACAUACAUGAUGAAGAUUUUCAGUUUUAAAAAAAGCGUUUUUCUACUUUUCUUAGUAAACCAGGUUUAUUGAAUAUGGGUUAUGUAAAAUUUAAUUUGUUAUGAAUAUUCUCUUGAUAAAACAAUAAACUUGUGGAAUGCCUUCACCAA